AUGGCACCGGUCCUCUACUCCGCGCACGCAAAAGUCAUCGGCGCGCGUACCGGACACGUCGAAGGCGAUGAUCUGAAUGUCGACCUCACGAUGGCCAAAGCGCUCGGCGGAGCCGGGGACGCGGGCAAGACGAACCCCGAGGAACUCUUCGCGGCGGGCUACGGCGCGUGUUUCCAAUCGGCGAUGAACGCGUCCGCGGCAAGUUUGGGUCUGAAGAUGCCGGAGAAGAAGGAGGACUCGAUCAUCGAGACGACGGUUUAUCUGGUCGGUGAUAUGAAGGCGCUGGAUAUGGGGAUUAGAGUCGAUAUGAAGAUUAGUAUUAAGGGGUUGGAGCAGGGGGAUUUCGAUAAGAUUAUCGCAAAGGCAAAGCAGGUUUGUCCUUAUAGUCGGGCGACGAGGGGGAAUGUCGAGACGAAUAUUGAGGCAGUCUUAUUGUGA